AUGAGGUGGCCCGCUGCUACCCGCUGUGCCGUGCUGUGGCUUCUGGUGCUGGUGCCUGGAGCCCGGGGCCAGGUGAACCGGCUGCCUUUCUUCAUCAACCACUUCUUUGAUACCUACCUGCUGAUCAGUGAGGACACUCCUGUGGGUUCCUCCGUGACUCAGUUGCUUGCCCGAGACAUGGACAAUGACCCGUUGGUGUUUGGUGUGUCUGGGGAAGAGGCCUCCCGUUUCUUUGCUGUGGAACCUGACACGGGUGUGGUGUGGCUCCGGCAGCCACUGGACAGAGAGACCAAGUCCGAGUUCACAGUAGAGUUCUCUGUCAGCGACCACCAGGGGGUGAUCACCCGCAAGGUGAACAUCCAGGUCGGAGACGUGAACGACAACGCGCCGACGUUUCACAACCAGCCCUACAGCGUGCGCAUCCCCGAGAACACGCCGGUGGGGACACCCAUCUUCAUCGUCAACGCCACAGAUCCCGACCUGGGUGCGGGCGGCAGCGUCCUCUACUCCUUCCAGCCCCCCUCCCACUUCUUUGCCAUCGACAGUGCCCGUGGCAUCGUCACUGUGACCCGAGAGCUGGACUACGAGACUACGCAGGCCUACCAGCUCACCGUCAAUGCCACGGAUCAAGACAAGACCAGGCCUCUGUCCACGCUGGCUAACCUGGCCAUCAUCAUUACGGACGUGCAGGACAUGGACCCCAUCUUCAUCAACCUGCCUUACAGCACCAACAUCUAUGAACAUUCUCCUCCGGGUACGACUGUACGUGUGAUCACCGCGGUGGACCAGGAUAAAGGGCGGCCCCGGGGGAUCGGCUACACCAUCGUCUCAGGGAAUACCAAUAGCAUCUUUGCUCUGGACUACAUCAGCGGAGCGCUCACCCUGAAUGGUCUGCUGGACCGGGAGAACCCGCUGUACAGUCAUGGCUUCAUCCUGACUGUGAAGGGCACAGAGCUGAAUGAUGACCGCACCCCUUCUGAUGCGACGGUCACCACAACCUUCAACAUCCUGGUGAUUGACAUCAACGACAACGCCCCAGAGUUCAACAGCUCCGAAUACAGCGUGGCCAUCACCGAGCUGGCGCAGGUCGGGUUCGCCCUCCCUCUCUUCAUCCAGGUGGUGGACAAGGAUGAGAACUUGGGCCUGAACAGCAUGUUCGAGGUGUACUUGGUGGGCAACAACUCCCACCACUUCAUCAUCUCCCCCACUUCCGUCCAAGGCAAAGCUGAUAUCCGCGUGCGGGUGGCAAUCCCCCUGGACUACGAGACUGUGGACCGCUACAACUUUGAUCUCUUUGCCAACGAGAGCAUUCUCGACCACGUGGGCUAUGCCAAGGUGAAGAUCACCCUCAUCAAUGAGAAUGACAACCGGCCCAUCUUCAGCCAGCCCCUGUACAACAUCAGCCUGUACGAGAAUGUCACUGUGGGGACCUCCGUGCUGACGGUCUUGGCAACAGACAACGACGUGGGCACCUUCGGGGAAGUUAACUACUUCUUCAGUGACGACCCUGACAGGUUCUCGCUGGACAAGGACACGGGGCUGAUGGUGCUGAUUGCGCGGCUGGACUAUGAGCUCAUCCAGCGCUUCACCUUGACUGUCAUCGCCCGGGACGGGGGCGGCGAGGAGACCACAGGCCGGGUCAGGGUCAACGUGCUGGAUGUCAACGACAACGUGCCUACCUUCCAGAAGGACGCCUAUGUGGGAGCCCUGAGGGAGAAUGAGCCCUCGGUCACUCAGCUGGUGCGGCUGCGGGCCACGGAUGAGGACUCCCCUCCUAACAACCAGAUCACCUACAGCAUCGUCAACGCCUCCGCUUUCGGCAGCUACUUUGACAUCAGCGUGUACGAGGGCUACGGAGUGAUCAGUGUGAGCCGGCCCCUGGAUUACGAACGGAUACCCAACGGGCUGAUAUACCUAACAGUCAUGGCCAAGGAUGCUGGCAACCCCCCUCUCAACAGCACUGUCCCCGUCACCAUUGAGGUGUUUGAUGAGAAUGACAACCCUCCCUCCUUCAGCAAGCCCGCCUACUUCGUGUCUGUGGUGGAGAACAUCGUGGCAGGAGCCACAGUACUCUUCCUGAAUGCCACGGACCUGGACUGCUCGCGGGAGUUCGGCCAGGAGUCCAUCAUCUACUCCUUGGAGGGCUCCUCACAAUUCCGCAUCAACGCCCGCUCCGGUGAGCUCACCACCACAUCUCUGCUUGACCGAGAGACCAAGUCUGAAUACAUCCUCAUCGUCCGUGCCGUGGAUGGGGGCGUGGGCCACAACCAGAAAACCGGCAUCGCCACUGUGAACGUCACCCUUCUGGACAUAAACGACAAUCCCCCAGCCUGGAAGGAUGCUCCCUACUACAUCAACCUGGUGGAGAUGACGCCUCCAGACUCCGAUGUGACCACGGUGGUGGCUGUGGACCCAGACCUAGGAGAGAACGGGACCCUGGUCUACAGCAUCCAGCCUCCAAAUAAGUUCUACAGCCUAAACAGCACCACGGGCAAGAUCCGGACCACGCACGUCAUGCUGGACCGCGAGAAUCCCGACCCGGUGGAGGCCGAACUGAUGCGCAGGAUUAUUAUCUCCGUCACUGACUGUGGCAGGCCCCCACUGAAAGCAACCAGCAGUGCCACCGUGUUUGUGAAUCUCUUGGAUCUCAACGACAAUGACCCCACCUUCCAGAACCUGCCUUUCGUGGCGGAGGUGCUCGAAGGCACCCCUACAGGGGUCUCUGUCUACCAAGUGGUGGCUAUCGACCUGGACGAGGGCCUGAAUGGGCUGGUGUCCUACCACAUGCAGGUGGGCAUGCCCCGCAUGGACUUCCUCAUCAACAGCAGCAGUGGCGUGGUGGUGACCACCACCGAGCUGGAUCGUGAGCGUAUCGCCGAGUACCAGCUGCGGGUGGUGGCCAGUGACGCGGGCACGCCCACCAAGAGCUCCACCAGCACACUCACCAUCCGAGUACUGGACGUGAACGACGAGAGCCCCACCUUCUCUCCCGCCGUGUACAACGUGUCUGUGUCCGAGGACGUCCCCCGCGAGUUCCGCGUGGUCUGGCUGAACUGCACCGACGACGACGUGGGCCUCAAUGCCGAGCUCAGCUUCUUUAUCACAGGAGGGAACGUGGACGGGAAGUUCAGCGUGGGCUACCGCGACGCCGUGGUGAGAACUGUGGUGGGCUUGGACCGCGAGACCACGGCCGCGUACACGCUCGUCCUGGAGGCCAUCGACAAUGGCCCCGUAGGCAAGCGGCGCACGGGAACGGCCACCGUGUUUGUCACUGUGCUGGAUGUGAAUGACAACCGCCCCAUCUUUCUGCAAAGCAGCUACGAGGCCAGUGUCCCUGAGGACAUCCCGGAGGGCCACAGCAUUGUGCAGCUGAAAGCCACGGAUGCGGACGAGGGAGAGUUCGGGCGUGUGUGGUACCGCAUCCUCCACGGUAACCAUGGCAACCACUUCCGGAUCCACGUCAGCAACGGGCUCCUGGUGCGGGGCCCCCGGCCGCUGGACCGGGAGAGGAACUCAUCCCACGUGCUGAUGGUGGAGGCCUAUAACCAUGACCUGGGGCCCAUGCGGAGCGCCGUCAGGGUGAUUGUGUACGUGGAGGACGUCAACGAUGAGGCCCCCGUGUUCACACAGCAGCAGUACAACCGCCUAGGCCUUCGGGAGACAGCGGGCAUCGGCACAUCAGUCAUCGUCGUCCGGGCUACUGACAGAGACACUGGGGACGGUGGCCUGGUGAACUACCGCAUCCUGUCGGGCGCAGAGGGCAAGUUUCAGAUCGACGAGGGCACGGGGCUCAUCGUCACUGUAGGCUACCUGGACUACGAGACAAAGACCAGCUACCUGAUGAACGUGUCUGCCACCGACCGGGCCCCUCCCUUCAAUCAGGGCUUCUGCAGCGUCUACGUGACGCUGCUUAACGAGCUGGACGAGGCUGUGCAGUUCUCCAAUGCCUCCUACGAGGCGGCCAUCGUGGAGAACCUGGCGCUGGGCACGGAGAUUGUGAGGGUGCAGGCCUUCUCCAUCGAUAACCUCAACCAGAUCACCUACCGCUUCGAUACCUACACCAGCGCUCAAGCCAAAGCCCUCUUCAAGAUAGACCCCAGCACGGGUGUGAUCACAGUCAAGGGUCUGGUAGACCGGGAGAAGGGCGACUCCUACACGCUAACAGUGGUGGCCGACGAUGGUGGUCCCAAAGUGGACUCUACUGUGAAGGUCUACAUCACCGUGCUGGAUGAGAAUGACAAUAGCCCUCGCUUUGAUGUCACCUCUGACUCGGCGGUCAGCGUGCCGGAGGACUGUCCCGUGGGCCAGCGAGUGGCCACGGUCAAGGCCCGGGACCCUGAUGCCGGCAGCAAUGGGCAGGUGGUCUUUUCCCUGGCCUCUGGUAACAUCGCUGGGACCUUUGAGAUCAUCACUACCAAUGACUCCGUUGGUGAAGUGUUUGUAGCCAGGCCCCUGGACAGGGAGGAGUUGGACCAUUACAUUCUCAAGGUUGUGGCUUCAGACCGUGGCACCCCUCCACGGAAGAAGGACCACAUCCUGCAGGUGACCAUCCUGGAUGUCAACGACAAUCCUCCGGUGAUCGAGAGUCCCUUUGGAUACAAUGUCAGCGUGAACGAGAACGUAGGUGGGGGCACCGCUGUGGUCCAGGUGAGAGCCACGGACCGUGACAUCGGGAUCAACAGUGUCCUGUCCUACUACAUCACCGAGGGCAAUGAGGACCUGACCUUCCGCAUGGACCGUAUCAGCGGCGAGAUCGCCACGCGUCCUGCCCCACCUGACCGCGAGCGCCAGAGCUUCUACCACCUGCUCGUCACCGUGGAGGACGAGGGCACUCCCACGCUGUCGGCCACCACCCACGUGUACGUGACCAUCGUGGACGAGAACGACAACGCCCCCGUCUUCCAGCAGCCUCAUUACGAGGUGGUGCUGGAUGAAGGCCCAGACACGGUCAAUGCCAGCCUCAUCACCAUCCGGGCUCUGGACCUGGACGAGGGGCCCAACGGCACCGUCACCUACGCCAUUGUCGCGGGCAACAUCAUCAACACCUUCCGGAUCGGCAGGCACACGGGCAUCAUCACUGCUGCCAAGGAGCUGGACUAUGAGAUCAGUCAUGGUCGCUACACCCUGAUUGUCACAGCCACAGAUCAAUGCCCCAUCUUGUCUCACCGCCUCACCUCUACCACCACGGUGCUUGUGAACGUGAACGACAUCAAUGACAACGUGCCCACCUUCCCCCGGGACUAUGAAGGGCCUUUUGACGUCACCGAGGGCCAGCCAGGGCCCAGAGUGUGGACCUUCCUGGCCCGUGACCAAGACUCGGGCCCCAAUGGGCAGGUGGAGUACAGCAUCGUGGAUGGAGACCCCUUGGGGGAGUUUGUGAUCUCUCCUGUGGAAGGGGUGUUGCGGGUCCGCAAGGACGUGGAGCUGGACCGGGAGACCAUUGCCUUCUACAACCUGACCAUCUGUGCCCGCGACAGGGGCGUACCCCCGCUCAGCUCCACGAUGCUGGUGGGCAUCCGCGUGCUGGACAUCAAUGACAACGACCCAGUGCUGCUGAAUCUGCCCAUGAAUGUCACCAUCAGCGAGAACAGCCCCGUCUCCAGCUUCGUCGCCCACGUCCUGGCCAGCGACGCCGACAGUGGCUGCAACGCACUCCUCACUUUCAACAUCACCGCGGGCAACCGAGAGCGGUCCUUCUUCAUCAAUGCCACGACAGGGGUCGUCACCGUGAACCGGCCCCUGGACCGCGAGCGGAUCCCAGAGUACAAGCUGACCGUUUCUGUGAAGGACAACCCGGAGAACCCACGCAUAGCCAGGAGGGACUUUGAGUUGUUGCUGAUCUCUCUAGCGGACGAGAAUGACAACCACCCCCUCUUCACCGAGGACACCUACCAGGCAGAGGUGAUGGAGAACUCGCCUGCUGGGACUCCCCUCACAGUGCUCAAUGGGCCCAUUGUGGCCCUGGAUGCCGACCAGGAUGUGUACGCCGUGGUCACCUACCAGCUGCUGGGGACCCACAGUGACCUCUUUGAUAUUGACAACAGCACGGGCGUGGUGACUGUGAGCGGCUCCGGUGCCAUCAUCGACCGGGAGGCCUUCUCGCCUCCUGUCCUGGAACUGCUGCUGCUGGCUGAGGACAUUGGGCUGCUGAAUGGCACAGCCUAUCUGCUCGUCACCAUCCUCGAUGACAAUGACAACUGGCCCACCUUCAGUCCCGCUGUCCUCACUGUCCAUCUGCUGGAGAACUGCCCACCAGGAUUCUCGGUCCUUCAAGUAAUGGCCACAGAUGAGGACAGUGGCCUCAAUGGGGAGCUGGUGUACCGAAUCGAAGCCGGGGCUCAGGACCGCUUCCUCAUCCACCCGGUCACUGGAGUCAUCCGUGUGGGCAACACCACCAUCGACAGGGAAGAACAAGAGUCCUACAGACUGACCGUGGUGGCCACCGACCGAGGCACCGCGCCCCUGUCAGGCACAGCCGUUGUCACGGUCCUGAUAGACGACGUCAAUGACUCCCGUCCUGAGUUCAUCAACCCCAUCCAGACGGUGAGUGUGCUGGAGUCUGCUGAGCCAGGCACCAUCAUUGCCAACGUCACCGCCGUCGACCUUGACCUCAACCCAAAGCUGGAGUACCACAUCAUCGGCAUCGUGGCCAAGGAUGAUACGGACCGCCUGGUGCCCGGCCAGGAAGAUGCCUUUGCUGUGAAUGUCAACACAGGGUCUGUCAUGGUGAAGUCCCCACUGAAUCGGGAGCUGGUUGCCACCUAUGAGGUCACUCUCUCAGUGAUUGACAAUGCCAGCGACCUACCAGAGCGUUCCGUCAGCGUGCCAAAUGCCAAGCUCACGGUCAACAUCCUGGACGUUAACGACAACACGCCCCAGUUUAAGCCCUUGGGGAUCACCUACUACACAGAGCGCAUCCUGGAGGGGGCCACGCCGGGCACCACCCUCAUUGCCGUGGCAGCUGUCGACCCUGACAAGGGCCUGAAUGGACUGGUCACCUACACCCUCUUGGACCUCACGCCCCCAGGCUACGUCCAGCUGGAAGAUUCCUCAGCAGGGAAGGUCAUUGCCAACCGGACAGUGGACUAUGAGGAGGUCCACUGGCUCAACUUCACAGUGAGGGCCUCGGACAAUGGCUCCCCACCCCGAGCGGCUGAGAUCCCCGUUUACCUGGAGAUAGUGGACAUCAAUGACAACAACCCCAUCUUUGACCAGCCCUCCUACCAGGAGGCCAUCUUUGAGGACGUGCCCGUGGGCACGGUCAUCCUGACCGUCACUGCUACCGAUGCCGACUCGGGCAGCUUUGCCCUCAUAGAGUACAGCCUCGGCGACGGCGAGGGCAAGUUUGCCAUCAACCCCACCACGGGUGACAUCUACGUGCUGUCCUCUCUGGACCGGGAGAAGAAGGACCACUAUAUCCUCACUGCCCUGGCCAAAGACAAUCCUGGGGACAUAGCCAGUAACCGUCGAGAAAACUCAGUACAGGUGGUGAUCCAAGUGCUGGAUGUGAACGACUGUCGACCACAGUUCUCCAAACCACAGUUCAGCACGAGCGUGUACGAGAACGAGCCGGCAGGCACCUCGGUCAUCACCAUGCAGGCCACUGACCAGGAUGAGGGCUCCAAUGGGCAGCUGGCCUACUCGCUCGAAGGCCCUGGCAUGGAGGCGUUCCACGUGGACGUGGACUCCGGCCUGGUGACCACCCAGCGGCCACUGCAGUCCUACGAGAGGUUCAACCUGACCGUGGUGGCCACAGAUGGUGGGCAGCCUCCACUCUGGGGUACCACCAUGCUCCUGGUCGAGGUAAUCGACGUCAAUGACAACCGCCCCGUCUUCGUGCGCCCACCCAACGGUACGGUCCUGCACAUCAGAGAGGAAAUCCCGCUUCGCUCCAACGUGUAUGAGGUCUAUGCCACAGACAAGGACGAGGGCCUCAACGGGGCCGUGCGUUACAGCUUUCUGAAGACAGCGGGCAACCGGGACUGGGAGUUCUUCACCAUCGACCCCGUCAGUGGGCUCAUCCAGACAGCACAGCGGCUGGACCGGGAGAAACAAGCGCUGUACAGCCUCAUCUUGGUGGCCAGCGACCUGGGCCAGCCAGUGCCCUAUGAGACCAUGCAGCCGCUCCAGGUGGCCCUGGAGGACAUCGAUGAUAACGAGCCCCUCUUCGUGAGGCCUCCCAAGGGGAGCCCCCAGUACCAGCUGCUGACGGUGCCUGAGCACUCACCCCGUGGCACCCUCGUGGGCAACGUGACAGGCGCCGUGGAUGCAGAUGAGGGUCCCAACGCCGUCGUAUACUACUUCAUUGCAGCCGGCGACGAGGAGGAGAACUUCCGCCUGCAGCCCGACGGCCGCCUGCUGGUGCUGCGGGACCUGGAUCGCGAGCAGGAGGCCGUCUUCUCCUUCAUCGUCAAGGCAUCCAGCAAUCGCAGCUGGACACCUCCCCGGGGACCCUCCCCAGCCCUCGACCCGCUGGCCGACCUCUCCCUGCAGGAGGUGCGCGUCGUGUUGGAGGACAUCAACGACCAGCCACCGCGCUUCACCAAGGCUGAGUACACUGCAGGAGUGGCCACGGAUGCCAAGGUGGGCUCAGAGCUGAUCCAGGUGCUGGCCCUGGACGCGGACAUCGGCAACAACAGCCUGGUCUUCUACGGCAUCGUGGCCAUCCACUACUUCCGGGCCCUCGCCAAUGACUCGGAGGAUGUGGGCCAGGUCUUCACCAUGGGGAGUGUGGACGGUAUCCUGCGUACCUUUGACCUCUUCAUGGCCUACAGCCCUGGCUACUUUGUGGUGGACAUUGUGGCCCGAGAUCUGGCAGGUCACAAUGACACAGCCAUCAUCGGCAUUUACAUCCUGAGGGAUGACCAGCGGGUCAAGAUUGUCAUCAACGAGAUCCCCGACCGUGUGCGAGGCUUCGAGGAAGAGUUCAUCCGCCUGCUAUCCAACAUCACUGGCGCCAUCGUCAACACUGAUGACGUGCAGUUCCACGUGGACAAGAAGGGGCGAGUGAACUUUGCACAGACAGAGCUGCUCAUCCACGUGGUGAAUCGCGACACCAACCGCAUCUUGGAUGUGGAGAGGGUUAUCCAGAUAAUCGAUGAGAACAAGGAGCAGCUGAGGAACCUUUUCCGGAACUACAACGUCCUCGACGUACAACCCGCCAUCUCUGUCAGGCUGCCCGAUGACAUGUCGGCCCUGCAGAUGGCGAUCAUUGUCCUGGCCAUCCUCCUCUUUCUGGCCGCCAUGCUCUUUGUCCUCAUGAACUGGUACUACAGGACUGUACACAAGAGGAAGCUCAAGGCCAUUGUGGCUGGCUCUGCCGGGAACCGUGGCUUCAUCGAUAUCAUGGACAUGCCCAAUACCAACAAGUAUUCCUUCGAUGGAGCCAAUCCCGUGUGGCUGGACCCUUUCUGCCGGAACCUGGAGCUGGCCGCGCAGGCUGAGCGUGAAGACGACCUGCCGGAGGACCUGAGCGAGAUCGCCGACCUGUGGAACAGCCCCGCUCGCACCCACGGAACUUUUGGGCGCGAGCCAGCAGCAGUCAAGCCUGAGGAUGACCGCUACCUGCGGGCAGCCAUCCAGGAGUAUGACAACAUCGCCAAGCUGGGCCAGAUUAUCCGCGAGGGACCCAUCAAGCUAAUCCAGACCGAACUCGAAGAGGAACCCGGUGACCGUAGCCCAGGCCAGGGCAGCCUUCGCUUCCGCCACAAGCCGCCCAUGGAGCUGAAGGGACCGGAUGGGAUCCACGUGGUGCACGGUAGCACGGGCACUCUGCUGGCCACUGACCUCAACAGCCUGCCGGAGGACGACCAGAAGGGCCUGGGGCGUUCGCUGGAGACGCUGACGGCUGCUGAGGCCACGGCCUUCGAGCGCAACGCGCGCACCGAGUCGGCCAAGUCCACACCUCUGCACAAGCUUCGAGACGUGAUCAUGGAGAGUCCCCUGGAGAUCACGGAGCUGUGACCAUGGGCCUCGCGACCAGGAGCGGAUGACAGUCCCACUGCCUCCAGGGCAGGAACACAGGCAAGGCUCUGCCCCAGGCCCGUGUGUGGGCCACCGGGGCUGGCACUGGCAGCUGACCGGGUUCUACAGUUGCCAGGUGCCCAAUUUGGCAUCUGAUCUCUUCCUUCAUAAAUUUGUUAUUUUUUUAAGAAAACCAAACAAAAAUACUAAGCAUCUAAGGACAAGGUAAGAAGGGUCACUGGGGGCCCAGGAGGCUGGCCAGGCCAAGACCUUCCACAGACUUCACGUUCCACACCUUGCACUUCUGUCACGUGCCUGCUGGACAGCCGGGUGCUCGCUGACCUCCAAAAUGCCUAACUGGACCACUGGGCGUUCGCUGCAUCUCACUGGCUUUCCGGACAUGCCCAGCUUAGAGACAUGACUGGCAUUCCCUCGGGUUUUGAACAUAGUGUUGUGUGUAUUCCUUUUGUAAGUUAUUUUUUCCCCCAGUUUUGUUUAACUCAUUGAGAGUUUCUGGAAUGCUCUGUUUAAAAAGAAAAGCAACUCCCAAGGAACCAGCAA